AGUACUUAUUUGGGAAUCGGAAUCGGAGGGAAUCGAGAACCGCUAAAGAAUCGGAUUCAGAACCGGAUUCACUCUGUGAAAGAAUCGAGAGUGGAGAAUCCCGAUUCUCUCAGGUAUGGGAAUCGUAAUUCAGGAAUCCGAUUCUGACGAACCGAGGAAUCGCGCCAACUCUGACCAGUACUAAGGAUGCAAGAACCUGUGCAAAUUCAACUUAUCUGUUUGCAAAAAGUGGAACUGAUGCUGAAACUCGCUCUCGCCGAUGAAAUAAAAUCAGAAAUUUUACCCGUGUUAUUUCGAGCACUCGAAAGUAAUUCGAAACAGUUGCAAGAACAAUGCUUAUCUGUUAUACCCACUUUCGCUCCCUUAAUCCACUACCAGACGAUGAAUAGAGAUCUGAUGCCUCGUAUUGAAAAACUCUACAAAUACAACUAUACUUCUGUUCGAGUGAAUUGUUUAGAUUGUAUCGGUAAACUAGUGGAGCAUUUAGAUUUAUGGGGAAUUUGGGUUGAUCUUUUAAAUUUCUUAUAUUUUUUGAGAGUCGAAGACCGCAAAGAGCCGGAAAUUCUGAUGAGUAUUGCAGGUAUUUAUAAGAAUAUUUUAAAUCAUAAAAAAGUCGCCGUUCCUGCAGAAGUAAUAGCUGAGAAAAUGUUUCCAGUUUUGAUGUGUGUCGCCUAUUUUGUCGUAGAAUACGGGGAGGAGGUGCCGUUGCCGUUAGAGAUGCCUCUUAGUAUUGAGAAUUCUCUUACAGUGGAUCAGUUCAACGCUAUAAUGACUGUGGUAGAAGAAAUGGUCAAUGUGGUUGUAGCUGAAAUCGAGCAACUUUAUUCAAUGCAAGAACAACAGAAGAAUUUAGAGCUGACAUCCGAAGAAAUGGAAGAAUUACGAUAUUUAUUCAAAAUAAAUACUUCCGAUAAAAGCUUGAAAAAACAGGAAAUCAAGCCAUCGAAUUUAUGUGAAAAACAAAGGAAUUUGGAUUUUGAUAUCAAUAACAUUUCUACUAAUAGUUCGGACACAUCGCUGACAUCCGAACAAACGGAAGAAUUACAAGAUUCAAAAUGAAUAUUUCCGAUAAGUGUGAAAAAACAGGAAAGUAAACCACUGAAUUUACGUGAAUAACAAAGCUCAUCUAAACAAGGCGAGCUGCACCAUCGUCUCGGAUAGAGCCAGUAAUUAAUUCUGCUCCGGCCAGUUCUUCUAAAUCGAAACCAACUCCGAAAGACCUAACUUCGACUUUCAUAAAUAGUAAUUUGGAUGAAGUGAAGCUGAAUGCAUCUUUAUCAUCAAAACCCACGCCAAACAUCUUAUCGUUGCAAAUGUCUCCAAAUUUUCUAAAUACUCGUAAUUUCAGUUCUUUUCAUAAUUCUUAUCAACCAACGACGUACAUGUCCAAUUCGGACCAAAAAAAAAAAAAAAAACAUUGAAAAGGUUUGAUUUGAAACACUGAAUUGAGGGAUUACGAAUAAUAAACAAAUUGAUGACGACUAGAAGAUAUUAAUUUUUGAUCAAUUAUUUACAAAAUGUACUUCCUUUAAAAUUGUAUUCGCCAUCGUAAACUCAACGGUUUUAUUUUUUGAAUAACUGAAUGAAAGAAUCUCUGGGAAUUUCCACUUUUCCAAUCAUUCUCAUUUUUCGUUUACCUUCCGCUUGACGGGCCAGUAUCUUGUAUCGUCUAGUAACGUCGCCUCCGUACUAAAAUCGCACACAAAUCAAUAAAUAUGAUCUAAAUUAAAACGAUUCUUUCUAACUGGAGUUCGAAAAUCACUCACCAAUUUUUGACAAACAUCUUUUCUAAAAGGUUUUAUAUUUUCUCGAGCUAUCACCUUGCCACCGAUGACUGCUUGGAUUGCAAUC